AUGGCACCCAAGAAAAUGGAAUCAGCUGAAGCCAAGAAGAAGCUGGCUUCAUUUGUUCAACAAAUCAUCCUACUCAACAACACGUUGACUUUCGAUGUCUUGCGUGAGUUCGACGAAGCUGCAGUGGACGUACGUAUCGAGCAAGUGGAUAGGCUGGAAGAAAGGUGCGAUGCUCUCUACAGGCAACUAGAGGACAACGACGCUGAUGAUCUUUUAGCGGAAUUUAUCGAGGUUAAAACCAAGCUGAUACGUCAGCGGCACGCUUGCCGAGCUUCCGAAGCUUACAGCUCUACGACGCAGCCGUUUGCUGGCGAUCAAACUUCAAUUAUUGUCUCUCAGCCAAAGCAGAGGUUACCGGUUCUGCAAAUUCCAACGUUCAACGGUAAAUAUUCGAAUUGGCCAGAUUUUUUCUCGAUGUUCAACACCGUUGUACAUCAGGACGUAGAUUUAUCAAGAAUUGAAAAAUUCCAGCACCUUCGGUCAAGUCUACGUGAUGCAGCGUUGGACACCAUUCGUUCAUUAGAGAUAAGUGAACAAAGUUAUAAUAAGGCUAUUGAUUUGCUAAAAGCAAGAUUUGAUAAUAAACGCUUGAAUUUCCAGGCUCAUAUCAGAGAUAUUUUUCAGCUCAAGAAGGUAGAGGGUGAUAGGGUUGCCAAACUUCGAGAACUCAGCGAUACCGUAAAUGCUCACUUGCGAGCGUUGCAAACUAUGGGAACGAAGGAACAGAUUGCUGACUGCUUACUCAUUCAACUAGUGUCUCAAAAUUUGGACGUCAAAUCUCGCGCGAAAUGGGAGGAACAAACACCUGUAAGCGAAAUACCUACAUGGAAUUCAAUGGCUAGAUUUUUGGAGCAACGCUGCCAGCAACUGGAAAAUGUAGAGAUUGUCCUUGGACUUCCGGAAAAACAGGUAGGCAAGAAAUUGUCAAAUCCCAUCAGUCGUAAGGUGCUUUUAACGGCAGCUGUAUCGGGAUGCAUAUUGUGCAGUUCUAGUGAACACAAAAUUGCAAGGUGCAAGCAGUUUCUCGGCCUUUCACCCACAAUGCGCUAUAAAGAAGCAAAACGGUUAAACCUAUGUUUGAAUUGCCUUCGAGUCGGGCAUUCACUCAAAUACUGCAAGUCCGGACACUGUAGACAUUGCACGUCGAAGCAUCACAGUCUGCUUCAUCAAGACACAAAUUCCUUUCCGACAACUUCACAACCAGUGGCUUCUGAUAAGCCGCCGCAGCUAUCACAACCAACCACGUCUAAUUCGUUCAACCCGUACUCGUUUUCUUCUUCAUCUUUCGGUCCUUCAGCUUCUGCACUCGUCGCAUCUGAAGUUCAGGCUAGCGUUGCUGAAAAAGAUUUCGUUCUCUUAGCAACAGCCAUAAUUUAUGUAAAAAAUCGAUCUGGCUCACUCAUUCCUUGCAGGGCUCUGCUAGAUUCUGCGUCACAAUUAAACUUUAUAACCAAUCGACUCACUAAUCAACUACAAUUAAAGAAGGUCAAAUCUUCACAGUUCAUUUCUGGUAUAGGCCAAAAUGAUUUCGUUGCCAAUUAUAUCGUUAAUUUCGACCUGCAUUCGCGCAUUAACGAUUACAUUGCCAACUUGUCUGCGGUUAUCACCCCCACCAUCACCGAUGUUCAACCAUCUCGUUCUUUAAAGGGUAUUAAUUGGAAUAUACCACAAAACAUAUCCUUAGCAGACCCAUACUUUUUCGAACCGCAGCGCGUUGAUAUGCUCAUUGGAGCUAGUUUAUUCUUUGACCUGCUCUGCGUUGGCCAGAUACGUCUGGCUGAAAAUUUACCACUUCUACAAAAAACAAAGCUAGGGUAG